AUGACAAAUGACUCGAAAUCUUCUCGGGGUACUGGUCGUGGUGCAGGUCGUGGUGCUACCAAGGCAAAGCCUCGUGUUGUCGGUUCGCGCGCUGGCUCGCCCGGCUCUGUUCGGUCGACAACUACCACGUCCAAGCUGGGCCGUAGCCCUGUCAGCCCAGUAGCGAAGCUACACAAAUGCCAGAUCAUGUGGCGACACAUGGCCAAUGUUUGGAUGUGA